GUAAUUAAGAUAUCGUUUCAUUAAUUAUUUGCGUGGCCCGAACAUAAUAUUGCAUGAAGAAAAAGAAAAAGAAGAAGAGGAAGAAGAAAAAAAAAGGAAUAUAUCACAGCCCAUGCAUUCUCUUUCUCGCUUACCAGCGUCUUGGCCGGUCGUCGUCCUCCAACCGGACGACGGCGGAGAUUAUCCUUUCUUUUUUCCGGCCACCUUUUCUCCGACAAAAUGAUUCCUCAAGCCCCAUACAAGCUCCUAGAAAUCAACGUCAUCUCCGCCCACGAUCUCCCUCCGGUGUCCAAAACGCUGCGCACCUACGUCGUCGCAUGGCUGGAUUCCGGCCAUAAAUUAACCACCAAGGUCAAUCACAACGGCCACGUUAACCCUACCUGGAAUUACAGGCUCGCCUUCCCCUUCGACGACCGGAUCCUCGAUUCCGACGAAGGCGCCGUCAAAUUCGAGAUCUAUAACGUCGCAUGGCUCCGUGACCUUCCCAUCGGCACCGCUACGCUUACGUUGAACAGCUUCUACCCGCCGCUCUCCGCCAAAAAGCCGGCCGUGCGACACGCCGCCGUUGAGAUCCGCCGGCCGUCGACGGGACAGGUACAAGGAACGCUGAACGUUACCGUCCAAUUGAUCCACGACAGCCCGCCGGAAACCGAAUCCGGCAGUCAAUUAAGCGUGUCCACCUUGAAUAAACGCGGCGGCGAAACGUCAGGAGAAGACGACGACGACGACGAUAAAAUUGAUGGCGAUCAGGAGAAUCCGGAGCCUGAAAUAAAACGUGGGAAGAGCGUCAGAAUCGUGUCGGAAAAAGACGACGCUUCCCCCGGCGACAUGAAACUGAAAAACUGUCCGUCUUUCAGCGCUUCAUACGUCUCCGGGAUGCAUCCCCUCCCGUCGGAAGUGGCGGCGGGUUUGAAGAAAGGGCUGUAUUAUUUUCCCGGCGAGGAAGAGGAGUACGGGAGUUCCAUAUUCGAGAACUGGUCCGUCCCCGGGGAAACGAAGAGCAAAUCUUCCAAGACCGUUUCCUGGAGGAUGGAGCACAAGGUAAUUCCGAUGGCCGGAAAGGAUCACGGCGGCGCUGCCGGAGGGUCGUAUAACACGAAGAGAACGAGACUAUCAAAACUUCAGCGCCGGAGCAGCUCCGGUGGAGGAUGUAUGUCGUGUUUCGGGAAUGCUUAUGGGCUUCGAUUCAAGUUCAUAUGUGGGUCCAAUUCCAAGGAAGAGAAGAAGAAGAAAAAAGAAGCCGGCCGCCAUUGAUGAUUAUUUGCUCCAUCUCCAUUGUUCCUUAAACCCAUCCUUUGUGCUGCCUGGGAAAGAUGUAAUGCAGGUUAUACAUAUGAUGUUUUUUUCUUUAUAUUCUUUGUUGUUGUACAUCAUAUGUACAGUGAUUAUAUUCCAAGUGAAUUUUCUUUUUCUUC